AUUAUUUUGGCCCCGAAUAAAUCAAACCCAUAAAAUUCAAAUUCCCUCUCCCCACGAUCAUCAUCAUUUUUCGAAAUUUUAAACAAGAGUUUGAUGAAUGAGUCCCAGAAACGAAAGCGACUCAGAGAACAGCGUCAGGAGCGAGAACAGGAGGAAGAAGUCUAUUCUUCCGAAGAUUUUUGGAUCGAGACGAUGUGGUAAAGAGGAAGAUGCGUCUGAUAUGGACAGCAGAGGAUGCGAUGGCGAUGAUGGCGUUUUCCACGAUUUGGAAAGACGAAUCGCUUCCCGGAAGAAACCCUUUCUCGGCGAUUCCCCAAUGUCGUGGAAGACUCUCUCAGAGAGACAGGCUAGUCCCGGGAUCGAGGGCUUGAAUCUGUCGAGUUUCGAAAGGCGUAUGACGCAGGCAACAGAGGUCCGAGAACUCAGGGUGCUCGUGGCAACAUGGAACGUAGGAGGACGAACACCGAACACCGAUCUAAACCUGGAAGAGUUCUUGCUUUUGGAAGGAACAGCAGAUUUGUAUAUCUGUGGGUUUCAGGAAAUCGUCCCACUAAGCGCAGGAAACGUGUUAGUGGUUGAAGACAACGAGCCAGCAGCGAAAUGGAUAGCCCUGAUAAGUCAAGCUCUGAACAAACCGAGCCAAGACACCAUCUACUCAAACGCUUCCUUCUCUGGAUCAAGAAUCACGAACAAGAUCCAUAACAGCAGCAUGGAAGAGUUGAAAUCACAGAGCAGUCUUGGUUUCUUUCCGAGACCAAGUCUCAAGGUCCUCAGUAGGAAUUUCCGGGUUGAUUCCAGCCUCUUAAAGACGUGUAAUUGCCCGGUCUUGGAAAAUUCUCCGGGCUGGGAAGGAAGGCGGACGAGAAAGCUUAGUGAUCCUACGGAUAAUCUGGAGCCGGUGAAUUUCAGAGUGCACGAAAACUUUCUCUUCGAUGAUGUGCCUGCUUCUACAAGGAUGCCGGGGAAGAUGGAUUACAGAUUGAUUGCGAGCAAGCAAAUGGUCGGCCUGUUUCUUUCUGUUUGGGCAAGAAAAGAGUUGAUUCCUCACAUAGCUCAUCUCAGGCUCGAUUCCGUGGGAAGAGGGAUCAUGGGUCGCUUGGGGAACAAGGGAUGCAUCGCCAUAAGCAUGUCAUUGCACCAGACAAGCUUUUGUUUUGUCUGUAGUCACUUAGCUUCUGGUGAGAAAGAGGGUGACGAGUUUAGGAGAAACGCAGACGUUGCAGAGAUUCUGAAGCAUACCCAGUUCCCAAAAAUCUCCAAGAACCCUAAUUGCCAUGCCGCCGAGAAAAUUGUGGAGCACGACCGAGUGAUUUGGCUAGGAGAUCUGAAUUACCGGGUGGCUCUAAGCUACGAGGAGACGAGGGUACUAUUAGAGGAUAAUGACUGGAGCACUCUUCUUGAGAAAGAUCAGCUGAACAUAGAGAGGGAAGCUGGAAGAGUAUUCUCCGGGUUUCGAGAAGGCCAAAUCCUCUUCGCCCCGACGUACAAAUACUCGCAUGACUCAGAUUCAUACGCUGGAGAGACCACCAAGUCGAAGAAAAAACGACGUACACCUGCCUGGUGUGAUAGGAUACUAUGGCGAGGAAAUGGCAUAGAACAGCUCUCUUACAUAAGGGGAGAAUCGAGAUUUUCAGACCACAGACCAGUUUGUGCUGUCUUUGCCGUGGAAGUGAAAGUGAAGAGCCCAAACAGGAGUAGAUUCAGGAAAGGCUUGUCGUGUGCCGCCGCAAGAUUGGCUUUUGAGGAUUGCAUUCCCCAAAGGCAUAGCUUUUAUGACUGAGCAAGUCUCAUUCUUUAUUUAAUAUCAUCACCAUAAACAGAGAGAACAGGAGAUUUUACCGGAAUUGUAUAGUUAGUAGCAUAUAGCUUCCACAUUCAACGAUGGUUUACUCUGGGUUUUGCUCUGUUUCCUUCAAUGUGGAUAUGUACAUGUAACUGUAGCAUCAGAGUGCAGUAUUGGUUUCAGUAAGGAUUUUCUUGUAAUAA